GCAACCUCACGCAAUACAUCAGUUUGGGAGGUUACACAACAACACAGCUACUCUCAAGUAGCCACUGUGUUGACGGCAAACCUCCAUUAAGCAAGAUGUCUUCUUCUAGCGUGGAAAGUAACGUGAGUCCUCCGGUGAAACAGAAAGUUGAGGAGGCAUUGGCCAUGGAGUACUUCUUCACGGAUCUGACUGAGACUGCAACGUGCCUCAUCUGCAGUCAGAGGGUGUUAUUUAAUGACAUUACCAUGAAGCGGCAUUACUUAGCCAAACACGCCUGGGAGUAUGAUCAUUUCAAGGGAAGAAAGAGGAAGAGCAUGUCGGACAAGCUUCAUGCAGAAUUUAAACGCAACGUGGUGGUUUAUGCAGGCCCUGACCCCAGAAAGGAACCUCAACCAGCCAUGCGAAGUCUGAAGCUGAUAACUGCGACCGACACACAGUAUUCAGCAACUGUGCUGAAAUCGAUGAACGAGCAGCGAAACCAUGGAUUAUUUUGUGAUGUCACCAUUAUCAUACAGGACAAGAAGUUCAGGGCUCACAAAACAAUCCUGUCUGCCUCCAGUACGUACUUCCACCAGCUCUUCAGUGUCGCUGGACAAGUGAUCGAGUUAAACUUCAUCAGAGCGGAAAUCUUUGAGCAGAUUCUCAAUUACAUUUACAGCUCCAAGAUUGUCCGUGUCCGCUCCGACAUGCUGGAGGAUCUCAUCAGUGCUGGACAAAUUCUGGGAGUCAAGUUCAUUGCUAACUUGGGAUCCCCUUUAUCACAAGUUAAGGGUCUUCCUGGUUUGUCUAAGGAGACGGGGAGCAAGAGUGACACUCCUCCAGAGGUGAUGCCCGUCAUCUCAGAGUCUUUCUCCAUAUCUUCAGAGGAAUUCAACCAGGCGAGCAAGUCAGCGGGUAACGACGAGGACUCGGACGGAGAUGUUAUGUUUGUCUCACAAACGGAUGCUCAAACCAGAGCAGCCAAUCAGACAGCCAACUCAGAGAUUAUUGAUUUGGAAGCAGCAGAUUUAGGAAAAGCAGCAGAUACAGGAAAAGCAGCAUCAAAGCAAAAUGAGGAAUCAAUCGAGAAAGCCAGAGCCCCCGUUAAAAUCAUCGCUGCAAAGCCUCUCGGCAUCAGUUGUCCAUCACCCGUUAUUCCCAUCAGCAGCCCUCUGCGCAGUCCAGACAGCAGCUCCAACAGCAGCUCCGCCAGUAGCUCCACCAGUAGCUCCACCAACAGCUCCACCAACAGCUCAUCCUCUCCUGCCAGACAUUUCUCAGGAAAUGUUCUCACAACGCCCGCCAGGUCAAGCGUCACCCCUGAGCACACGAGUGCCUCCCAGACCUCUGAAAGCAGUGAAAUAAUAGGCGUCCAAAGGAAACAAGUUUCUGCCUCGCCAAAGCAAGGGGAUUUCAAAAUAAAGAUCGUAGACGUGUCUGAUGGCCAGUCAAAUAAAACCAACAAUUCCAAAUCAGCUGUAGCCGCAAAAAAGACAGUCACGCUCAACACAGCCACGGAGAUCGAUUCAAUUUCAUCCGGGUGUAAAGUCUACGCCAAUAUUGGAGAAAAUACUUACGACAUUGUCCCAGUGAAGGAGGAUCCAGGUGAAGGAGGCUCUAAAGUGAAUAAAGGGAAGAGAGCAUUAAUGGCAACACCUUUGAAAACCUUUGAUGAAAUACCCCUUUCACCAAAGUCCGGCCCCAACAAGAAGAAGUGCAAGACAGAGCUGGAGGACCACUACGAGCUGAUCAUGGACGGGAAGACUUUUUUCGUCUGCAUCGUCUGCAAGCGGCCCUACGUGUGUCUGACGAGUCUGCGCCGUCACUUCAACACUCACUCUUGGGAAAAGAAGUACCCGUGCCACUACUGCAACAAGGUGUUUGCACUGGCCGAGUACAGAACUAAACAUGAAAUCCACCACACAGGAGAGCGCAGGUACCAGUGCCUGAUUUGCAACGACAUGUUCGUGAACUACCAGUUACUGUCCACACACUGCAAGCAUGCGCACAACCAGGAUCCCAGUGGCAGGAAGGAGAAAGACGAGACGGACAACAACUUGUACCGCCUCCUGCCGUGUAAGACGGUGCAGAUGAAGUCGUACUCGUGGAGUAACGACGGCCAGGAAGGAGUCCCGGUUAUAUCGGAGGACGGCAGCUUGCAUCACAUCACCAGCGAGGACGUGCACUCCUCCACUCAGACCAGGAUGUUGGACUGGAACGACAUCUUUAUCGAGCCCGACACUCGCAUGCCGCCCGAUGCUCACACCCGCCGGGGGUCAGCCGUGAACUCUCCUCCACCGGGAGCCACAGAGUUUGACUUUGUUAUACCAGAGAGCUACUGAGCAACCCCCGCUGCUCCAUUACAUGUGCCUUUUUAAAGGGUACCCCAUAACCUUUUUCCAGGUCAACAAUAUGAAUCUGUAAUUCUCAAUAGUAUCGGAAUAACCUACGGUCACAUUAGCCUUUCCUUUGAAUUAAUUUUGUGGUUAAAUAUAGUACUAAUGAUGCUAAUACAUGUUAGAAUAAUGUGCUGCGCAGUGACUGAUCUGUGCAUCUGCCAGAGCCAGCUGGAGAUUUCUUGAA